AUGCCGUCCACAGAAGCCAAUGCCGUCGAGGACACGCAAUUGGGCCUGACCGAAGAGGAAAUAAAUCUCCUCCGAUACCACCAAGCUCAGGCCGGUUCUUCUUCCUCGCGCGCUGCCAGUCGGGCCUCUUCUCAAGGCCGCCUCCUUCUCGAUAGUUCUAGCCUCGCUGCGCUAGCACGACACCUCGACCGCUUGAUGCAGCAGAUCCAGCAGCGCAUCGAGUAUCUCAGCGAACAGAGCUCCGUCGUGACUAUGCAGCAGUAUGACCACGCAGGCAACCUGGUGGACAAUGCCGAUGCUGAAAUUGCGCGCUUUCAGGGUAUUAUGGCUCAGAUCGACGAACUUGAGCUCGAUUUUGAUCGCAUCGCCCACAUUAGAGACAUCGUAAGGGAUUACCGACAACGAGUCGAGAAUCUCGAACGCGGACUCGAGAACGCAUCACGCCGAGAUCAUCAUCACCACUCUCACCGCCACAGCCAUUCGCAUCGACAAGAAGGCGCCUCUUCCGGUCGCCGACAUAGACACUAA